CAUCCAUCACACUCAGCAGAAUCUGGAACUGUUUUCUUUUCGAUUUCGAAAAACCCGCGUCUAACCCAUCUCCUUCCCAUCCGUCUCCCACAGCGGGAUCAGAAAAUCGGAGCAGAGAUGAAUUCGGGUCCGAUUCUCGAACCCAUUUCCUUCCCAUCCUUCUUUUUCUUCAGUGAAGAGAGGAAGAUGAUCAGAGAACAGAAGAAGAUGAUCAGAGCAGAGAGGAAGAAGAAAGGCAGGGGCGAUAGGGAAGAAAGUGGACGCGAACCCGAGAAGAACGCCACAAACUUCUCUUCCCUCAGAGAAGAGAGGAAUAAGAAAGGCAUGGGCGUUCAGGAAGAGAGUGGACCCGGACCCGAGAAGAAAGCCACAUCCUUCUCUUCAUUCAGCGAAGAGAGGAAGAAGAAAGGCACGGGCGAUCAGGAAGAGAGUGAACCCGAACCCGAACCCGAGAAGAAAGCCACAUCCUUCCCUUCCUUCAAGGAAGAGAGGAAAAUGGAAAGCAUGGGCGAUCACGAAGAGAGUGGAACUGACCCCGAGAAGAAAGCCACAUCCUUCUCUUCCUCCAGAGAACAGAGGAAGAACAGAGGCACGGGGUAUACAACGGCGGAAUCAUUCGUCGAAUGGGCUAAAGAAUUCUUGAAGUUAGGAAAGAAGUUGGAAGCUGCUUCAGCCUUCACAUAUGCAGCACGCAGAUAUAGGGAUACAUCUACUCCAGAUGCCAUAUCAUGCUUCACUCAGGCUGUGGAUCUUUUCAUAGACAUAGGGAAAGAAAAAGAGGCUGCAAUAUGUUGCAAGAUAAUUGGUGAAUUAGCUGGGACUGAACGAAAGUUCAAGCAGGCUAUGGAUUACUCUGAACGUGCUGCUGAUCUUUUUGAAAGUGAAGAAGAGUGUAAUGAGACAAUACUUGCAAUCAUGUGCAAGCAGAUGGUUGCACAAUUUGCUGCUCAACUGGAACAAUAUCCGAAGGCGAUCGGGAAUUUUGAAGUGACUGCCAGGCAAUCCAUGAAUGACAUUUUACUGAAGUCUGCUGUUCCAACAAUGCUUCUCAAUGCUGGCCUUUGCCAACUUUGCUGGGGGGGUGUUGUUGCAAUAACCAACUCAUUAAAAAGAUAUCAGGAACUGGAUCCAAGCUUUUCAAAGACAUUUGAAUAUGAGUUUUUGGCUGAUGUAGCAGCCUCAACUGACAAGAAGGACGUUGAUGAAUUUGCUGAUAUGAUGAUCAACAGACUGAGAUGUGAUAAGUCCUGGAUGGAUUGGAGAUUGAUGCUUCUUUCGAGGGCCAAGGAUAAGCUGAAAGCAAAAGAAGUUCUGUUGAGAGCCAAUACCAAGUUGAAAGCCAAAGAAGUUUCUUUUGUGAAGGUUAAGCCAGAUUGAAAUGCAAAAAAGAAGUUGAGAGAGCCAAGCAUCUGCCGAAGUCAAAGAGGACCAUCUCAUCUAUCUGAGCGCUAUUUCUAGCUCUAUGUUGAGAAAAUUAAAGAAUCAAUCAUUGAAGGGUUGUGGGACGUCCCUAUCUGAGAUUAGGAAUGAAUGUUCCAAUAUUCUCAUGUAUUUUUGAAUUUUCAUCUGGUGCAAGUCCUGCAUUAGUGGUUUUUCUUUCUCCAUGUUGUAUUUUUGGAUCUUUGAAUUCUUUUUCUUCUAAUACAUUUUCCAUUGCUAAAAACAAAAAGGCUCUCUGCCGCUCAUUCUCUACC